AUGCGCUGCCCUAAUCAUCUUUACAAUUCCCGGCAGUCUGUCGUCUCGGAAGCUCGGUUCAUUGGUUUUUAUGCUGUGAAGGAUGCAGCCAGAAUCCCAAAGCGUCCCAGCUCUUAUGAAUACAGGACUCCACCUUCAGACCAGGGCCAUGUGCACAGCCAAAUCAAAAGUGCCCCCAAAGUUCCCAGGUGUCUACAUAUUACAUCCAGGUAUAUAGUGAAGAUCCAGAGUAACAUCAAUAAGGAGGCAGGCAGGCGGCCCCAGUUGCUGCUGGCAGGCAUCUUGAACCACACGGAAAGCCAACUUGAGGAACAUGCCUCACAACACGGCAGUCAGAAUACUAACGCACAAAUUGAAGUGAUACCAUGCAAAAUUUGUGGCGAUAAGUCCUCCGGGAUCCACUACGGAGUCAUCACGUGUGAAGGCUGCAAGGGAUUCUUUAGGAGGAGCCAGCAGAACAAUGCCUCUUACUCCUGCCCAAGGCAGAGAAACUGUUUAAUUGACAGAACCAACAGAAACCGUUGCCAACACUGCCGACUGCAGAAGUGUCUUGCCCUAGGAAUGUCAAGAGAUGCUGUGAAGUUUGGGAGGAUGUCCAAGAAGCAGAGGGACAGCCUGUAUGCCGAGGUGCAGAAGCACCAGCAGCGGCUGCAGGAGCAGCGGCAGCAGCAGAGCGGGGAGGCGGAAGCCCUCGCCAGGGUGUACAGCAGCAGCAUCAGCAACAGCCUCAGCAACCUGAACAACGAGGCCGGCGGCACUUAUGCCAAUGGACAUGUCAUUGACCUGCCCAAAUCCGAGGGUUACUACAGCGUGGAUUCCGGCCAGCCGUCCCCCGAUCAGUCAGGACUUGACAUGACUGGGAUCAAACAGAUAAAGCAAGAACCCAUCUAUGACCUCACAUCCGUGUCCAACUUGUUUACCUAUAGCUCUUUCAACAACGGGCAGCUAGCACCAGGGAUAACAAUGACUGAAAUCGAUCGAAUUGCACAGAACAUCAUUAAGUCCCACUUGGAGACAUGUCAAUACACCAUGGAGGAGCUACACCAGCUGGCGUGGCAGACCCACACCUAUGAAGAAAUUAAAGCGUAUCAAAGCAAGUCCAGGGAAGCACUAUGGCAGCAAUGUGCCAUCCAGAUCACUCACGCCAUCCAGUACGUGGUAGAGUUUGCAAAGCGGAUAACAGGCUUCAUGGAACUCUGUCAAAACGAUCAGAUUCUACUUCUGAAGUCAGGUUGCUUAGAAGUGGUUUUAGUGAGAAUGUGCCGUGCCUUCAACCCAUUAAACAACACUGUUCUGUUUGAAGGAAAAUAUGGAGGAAUGCAAAUGUUCAAAGCCUUAGGUUCUGAUGACCUAGUGAAUGAAGCAUUUGACUUUGCAAAGAAUCUGUGCUCCUUGCAGCUGACUGAGGAGGAGAUUGCUUUGUUCUCAUCUGCUGUUCUGAUAUCUCCAGACCGAGCCUGGCUGAUAGAACCAAGGAAGGUCCAGAAGCUUCAGGAAAAGAUUUAUUUUGCACUUCAACAUGUGAUUCAGAAGAAUCACCUGGAUGAUGAGACCUUGGCAAAGUUAAUAGCCAAGAUACCGACCAUCACGGCGGUUUGCAACUUGCACGGGGAGAAGCUGCAGGUAUUUAAGCAAUCGCAUCCAGACAUAGUGAAUACACUCUUUCCUCCGUUAUACAAGGAGCUCUUUAAUCCUGACUGUGCCACCGUCUGCAAAUGA